GAGACUUUAUGUUGAUUGUACGUUGACACAGUGAUCUCAAGUAGUGGUCUCAUCCAUUUUUCUGAAAAUGGGAGAGAAACCUAUAAAAUCCACUAAGACUUUACUCUUUGAUCCUCGUGGAGUAGCUAUAAAAAUAGCCUAUGAACUUCCCCUGGUAACCAAGUCUGUUGUCUUUUGUUUUCAUUUUGCAUAAAACCAAAGUAUGGCUUCAUACCGUUGAAGGUAAGUGAGAAAAUAUGUAUAAUCAUUAUAUAAAAAACAAUGAACAUUCAAAGUCGCUGUGGAUCAUUAAGCAAACUGUUAGUAUAAACCGUGUUUGAACUUCAUAUCAGCCUUUAAGGAAGCACAUUUUUCCCCAGAUAGAUUUAUUUAAGGAACACUUUACCCCCUCAGGCUGUUUACGGAGUAAGCAAUCAAACUGCCAAUAGGCAUUUGUAAAUUCUGGUAUUGCUUGAAUUGGGUUUGAGAUCACGUUUGGGGUUCGAGGUUGCCCUUCCCUUGGUUACAGUCAACAGCCAGCACAGCCUGAGAGGAAGUCGUGCCUGAGAGACCAAACCCAGGGCGGUAAUGUCCACUAGACAACCAGGAAGUGCUGCUUCAACGUAGAGCAAAGGUUGUUACAGAUUUCUUUUUCACACCGCUGUUUUAUUUCUUAUUGAGCAUUAAAACAUUUAAUUGAUUUGGCAGAUUUUUGGUACCCAGCAGCAGGGAGAAGCCUCGUCAUCACACAGAGCCAGCUGCCCGCCUAGCGAUGCCUCUCUUUCGGGCUUUGGGUGGCGGUGGGGCGAAGGCUCGGCCUGGCCAGAGCAGGGUGAGGAAAAUGAAAAUUAAGGGGAGCUGUGGGAGGACAAAUGAAGACGGCGAUGUCCUCUCAUUGAAACGGCUGUGUCUGCUGAGCCUCGCCGACAACAUGAAGGAAGUGUGGGUGAAAGACUAUGCUGACAACUACCUGGAUCAUUAUUCCUUCAGACACAUAAUGGGGCCUUUCAGCUUGCUGCCGGGUGAGCUGGUUGAGGAGCUGACAUGUCUGCUGUGUGCCAGAAAGCAGCUGUCCCGGGCAGCCCUUCAUCUCCUUCUGGUCCCCCAGCUGCGUGGCCUGUCUCUGAAAAGGUGUCCCGGUUUGGUCACCUCCGCCCUCUGUCCCCACAUUGCUGCACGUUGUCAGGGUCUGUGGAGUCUGGACCUGUCUGGAGCGCAGCAGCUGCCUUCAAAGGUCCUGUCUGAGACCCUCUGCAGUCUACCUGAACUGCGCUCGCUGUCUCUGGCUGGCACACCUUGUGACAGAAGUGUAAUCAAGACAAUUGUCCAUCGUUGUCGUUUGCUGCGCCAUCUGGAUGUAUCCCGCUGUCAUUUCCUUUCCCCUGCUGCAUUACUUCUUCUUGGAGGUGGGGCUUCCCUUUCGUCCUCUGGCUGUCCUUCUGGGUCAUCUUCCCCUUCUCCUUCUUGCUCUGCACCUCUGUCUGUGUCCCCCCUCUGCAGUCUGCUCGCUCUGGAUAUUGGAUUUGGGGAACAAGAGGGAGACCCUGUGGCGGCAGCAGCUUACCUCCUCCUCUCUCUGCCCCACCUGGAGAGGGUGGCCCUGGAUGGCCUUACUCAAGCCUGCCGUCUCAUCCUUCACAAAGAGUUUGACCAGACAGAGGAGUUCACUGACCGAGAAGGAGUUCCCAGGCUGGCAGAGGUGUGGGGGGAGUGGAAGCGCAGGAAGGGCAUGGACAGUUUUAGGAAAAAAGGAGAAGGUGCAUCAGCAGAUGAGGAGGAUGAGAGCAUAUUGUUUGAGUGUCAUGGUAGUGAGAGUGAGGAAGAUGGGAGUAGAGAUGAAGGGCCUAGUUGCUCUCAGAACCAAGCAGGGGAACAAAGGAGGAGAAAAGAUUCAUCUCAGUCGGGUGAUGAAGGCCUGGUCUUGCACCUAAAGGACGUCAAGGCCUUAUCAUGUGACUCCCUGUACAGUUUAAGUUGUUUAUGUCCCGACAUCCACUACAUAUCUGUCAGCGUCGAUGAUUAUGAAGAUGCCAGAGGAAGAAGUCAGAUGUCUCUGUUAGCUGCAGACCUCCAGGCGUGGUCAGGCCAGCUGCGGAGCCUCUCAGUACACCACAUGGGCCCCCUGGUGGAUGUCCUUCCUGCCCUGCAAGUUGCAGGCCCGUCUUUACUCUCUCUCACCCUGGAGGGGGUGAAAACCAGCCCUUACUCUCCUCUACUGGAGGUCAUCAAGGCCUGUCCCAGGCUCAGAGACCUGCUCAUCUCUGCUGAGCCUCCUACCACGGCACAGGUAGAGGACGCAGAGGAAGAGCAAGACGAGGAGAAUCAGCGGGAUGAUUUGGAUCUUCCACGACUGCCUUACCUCUGCUCUCUCACACUCAAAUUCUCCUACGAGCACAGCCAAAUGAAGCCUGUCAUGUCCUGGAUGUCCCUGAGGAGGGUGCUCAAGUGUCUCCUGGCUGGUUCUCCUUUUCUGGAGGAAGUGUCUCUGGUUUCCCUGCCAUGCCCUCUGAACGGUGUUUUACAGGAUGUACUGCGCGUAGCGAACCAGGACUGGUAUAAAGACUUGCUACCCAAGCCGCUUGGACGGAUACAACACAUUGAACUUCCGCGGACAGAUGUGAAUACGAAGACAGUGAAAAGUAUAAUCGAGCGGAGCAAAAGACUCCAAUACGUCGACGUGUGUUACUGCUGGCAAAUCAGUCAGCAUGAGUGGCUGGACUUCAAGACGUUCAGUAAAGUCAAGGUUGUCUGGCUGUAGUGAGGAGAUGGACUGCUUCCGGUCCAGAAGCAAUACUAAUGAAAAUAAAUAUACACUACACACUUUUUUACAUUGUGCAUUGCAUUCAUAUCUCUCAUAACCUGACACAGGCUGAUAUUAUAGACUGUUUUUGCACUAACAAAUUGCACUAUGUUCUUCAUACUUAUCUUGUAUCAAAAUGACAUGCUCCUCUAGUGCCUUGAAUGAAUUGCAGAUUGUGUCCUCUGUACUAUUUUAAAUGAAUCUUUUUACUGUCAUGUUUUUCUAAGGCAUUGAUGAAUUGAAUAGAUAACAUGUAACUUAGGUUUGAGGAACACUCUGGUGUUUAUAUCUUGUCCUUUCAGCAUAAUUCACCUAGGAUAUUAUAAGGAGUGCAUUUGUAGAGUUUUGAUUUCAAAACUGACUGAAAAGAAGGCAAAUUGCUUUCUGUUUAAGUGCUAUUUCAGUAGUUUGGUGUAUUGAUAGUGAUUGUGCCAUUGCAGCACCAAAGAAGAGAACAUCGUAAGAUUAGGCCGAAGCACAGCAGACUGAACAAAACUGCAUCUAAUCUGAAAUUCACAUCAUGCCAUAGAGCUGCAUCGCUAUGCAUCACACCACUGUAGUAAAAUGUAAUGUAAGAUAAACCAAUGUAUACAAAUAAAAAUAUAUAAUAAGACAA